AGGAUCUCUCUUGAACAGAGGUGCUUCCCUGGGCUUCCAGAAUCACCAUGGAGGAGGAUGCUGGAGAGGAACCAGGGCUAGGCAGGUGCACGGCUCCCACAGACUUCCACUUUUAUCACAUGGAUCUGUACGACUCUGCCAACAGGCUGCAGGUCCUCCCAGAAGAAAGCACCGGAAUGAGGAGAGAGGUCGUCCAGGCUUCCUACGAGCCACGAGGGGCGAGGGAGGGGCAGGCCCACAGAGCCCUUCACGAGGAAGUGGACGAACUCGUCCAUCUGUAUGGACUUGAAGAUGAUCACGAGUUAGGGGACGAGAUUAUGGAUGAAGACAAUCCCAGACUGGGGACCCCAGAAUAUCCUCCUUAUGGGAUGAAGCGGGGAGACCCGGCCUGGGAGCAGCGGGACUGGAGACUCGGCGGAGAGGCAGCUGAGGCCGAGGACCUGGGCUUCGGAGGGUGGGGCUCCAGGGGCCAGUGCCAAGACUUGCGGGAGGCCUAUCGGUACACUCACGGUCGUGCCAGUGAGGAGUACGAAUGCUACGUCAUCCCAGAGGAGGAGGAUGAGGAAGAAGCUGCCGACGUCUUCUGCGUCACUUGCAAAAUCCCCGUAAGAGCUGUUGAGAACCUUGAUGCACACAAGGAGCACGAAGUGACCCCGCUCAACCAAGCGCUGGAAAGUGCCAAGGAUGAAAUUCACAAAAACAUGUACAAAUUGGAAAAGCAGAUUAUCGACAUGGAAAACUUCGCAAGUCAUUUGGAGGAGGUCUUCAUCACCGUGGAGGAGAAUUUUGGAAGACAAGAACAAAACUUUGAGUCACACUACAACGAGAUCUUGGAAACACUUGCACAAAAAUAUGAAGAAAAAAUACAAGCUCUGGGGCAGAAAAAGAAGGAGAAGUUGGAAGCCUUGUAUGGCCAGCUGGUCAGCUGCGGGGAGAACCUUGACACCUGUAAGGAACUGAUGGAAACCAUCGAGGAGAUGUGCCACGAGGAGAAGGUUGAUUUCCUAAAGGACGCAGUGGCCAUGGCCGACAGACUUGGGAAGUUCCUGAAAACAAAAACAGAUGUGGAAAUCUCUGCACAGCCCGACUUUGAGGAGCAGACCUUGGACUUCUCGGACGUGGAAGAGCUGAUGGGCUCCAUUAACAGCAUUCCAGCUCCUUCCGCUCCAGUGAUCAAUCCCCAGGCCCCCAACUCGGCCACGGGCUCCUCGGUCCGAGUGUCCUGGAGCUUGUACUCCGAUGACACCGUGGAGAGCUACCAGCUGUCCUACAGGCCCGUAGGGGACAGCUCGCCCGGGAAGGACCAAGCAGAGUUUACAGUGGCUGUCAAGGAAACAUACUGCUCAGUGAAGAACCUUAUGCCCAACACCCAGUAUGAAUUCUGGGUCACAGCUCAGAACAGGGCUGGCUCGAGCCCCUCCAGCGAGCGUGCCGUGUACAUGACAGCCCCUUCUCCCCCCAUCAUAAAAAGCAAAGAGAUACGGAGCUGCGAAGAGGCUGCGCUCAUCUGCUGGGAGUCCGGCAGCCUGAACCCCGUGGACUCGUACACAGUGGAGCUGACCCAGGCGGAGGCGCCGCAAGCCUGGGGCGUCACGGAGUCCAUCGUGGGCAUCCCUACCUGCGAGGCCCUGGUGCAGCUGCAGCCCAGGCAGAGCUACACGAUCUACGUGCGUGCCCUCAACGUCGGGGGCCCCAGCGCGAGGAGCGAGCCGGCUAUGGUCCACACCACAGGAAGCUACUUCCACCUGAACAAGGACACCUGCCACCCCUGGCUGACCAUUUCUGAGGACGGUUUUACAGUCGUGCGAAGUGAAAGGAAAACCCCUGCGAGGGAGCCGCUGGCCAGCAACACUCGGUUUACCAGGUGCGUUGCUGUCCUGGGAAACCUGAUUCCAGUCCGAGGACGCCACUACUGGGAGGUGGAGGUGGAUGAGUGCCUGGACUACACCGUCGGCGUGGCCUUUGAAGAGGUGCCUAGACACGAGGACCUGGGCGCCAACCGCCUCUCCUGGUGCCUGAGGCACACAUUCGCCUCAUCAAGGCAUAAGUAUGAAUUUCUGCACAACAGGACAACCCCAGAUAUGAGAAUAACAGUUCCCCCAAAGAGGAUCGGCAUUCUGCUGGACUACGGAAACUCCAGGCUGUCGUUCUUCAACGUGGACAUUUCUCAGCACCUACACUCGUUCAGCUGUGAGCUUCACCGAUUCGUGCAUCCUUGCUUCUCUCUGGAGAAGCCAGGGUGCCUAAAGAUCCGUAAUGGCAUCCCAAUGCCAAAGCACGUCACAUUCUAUUAG